AUGGCGAUUUGCAAAUUCUACCAGCAGGGAAAUUGCAAAUUUGGCAGCAGCUGCCGAUUUGAACAUCCCGGAGCUGGAAACAAUCGAAAUCAACCACAGAACCGCUUCGGCGCUCUAUCUUCCGGAGCAGGAGGCGGUGGGAGCGGACCGCUACAAAAUGCCUUUGACAGGUAUAACAUCGCGGUCGACACGAUUGAGAAGGACCUGACGAGCGAAGCACCCCAAUGGAUCCUGUCGGCCUACGCGCCAGGGAGAAAUGCCCCAGAGCAGCUCUUUGGAGGGUACCCUCGGGAACAGAGCUUUGAAGAGAUGAGACUACACUAUAUGAUGGGCAAGGCGGCAGGGAAUGAGCAGCAGGCUCUUAAUCAGGCACAGGAGCUCUACCAAAAUGCGCAACAACAAAUGCAGAACGCGGCACGAAACGCACAAGACGCUGCUCGAUUCAUUGUGGAGGCCGAAAACAAGCACCCCAACCGACUAGAUAUCUGUCAAGAAGGUUCUCAAGGUGCUCCUUUCGGCGAAUUCGAGGUUGGAAAGAGACCGGUGGGCAUGGCUCAGCCGGCACAAGCGAAUCCGUUCAGUACCGGUUCCAGCACAACCUCCCCGUUUGGCGGAGGUAGUUCCCAGCCGACGCCGAGUGCAUUUGGACAGCCAGCAGCCCUGGGACAACGACCGAAUCCCUUUGGAACACAGGCCUUUGGUCAACCAGCUCAGCCAAGCUCGGGAUUUGGUCAGCCGUCACAGCCAGCCUCAGGAUUCGGACAGCAAUCAUCUUCACAACCCCAAGCCUCACCCUUUGGACAGCCUUCACAGCCUUCACAGCCUUCACAACCGUCGGCCCCGGCGUUUGGCCAGCCUUCUCAACCUACAUCUGCUUUUGGACAAGCAUCCGCCCUUGGAGCUAAACCGAGUCCCUUUGGAGCGCCAGCAUUCGGUCAGUCCGCGCAGCCUGCGAACUCACAGCCCAGCGCUUUUGGUCAAGUUGGUCAAAUGGGCUCGCAGCCGAAUCCCUUUGCCUCUGGCGGCGCGGCAAACAAAAGCUCAAGUCCAUUUGGAUCUGUUGGAACGGCCAACAACAACACACAAGCUCCCGCGGCAGCAAACCCCUUUGCAAGCUCGAAUACCAGCCAGAAUAAUGCUACACCGAACCCCUUUGGAUCUAAUACCUCAAACCAGGCCGGAAACGCGGCCCAGUCCAGCCCUUUUGGCCAACAACCGGCACAAAGCCAGAGUCCGUUCGGCCAAGGUGCCAAACCUAAUCCCUUUGCUUCAACAACCACAGCAGACAGCCAGCCAGCGAGCAACCCCUUUGCGCAAAACACGCAAAACCAACCCAACGGUGCAUUUGGAGCGAAUGCUUCCAGCCCAUUUAGUCAGGGCGCCUCACAGCAACAAAAUCCAUUCGCAUCUAGUAACCAACCUCAACAAGUAGCAGCCCCUGCCACAGGCGGUGGAAACCCAUAUCCCCCGGACAGCACAAAGCAGCACCCUUCACUGGAGAGCUACGCAUCCAAAAACAUGGAUGGGUCGCUGGCCGCGUUCCGAGGCAAGCCGGUUACAUACAAAGAAGGAAAGCCAGGCAUCAGAGCAUUCGAUGGAACUUGGACACGCAUAUGGUUCCCUGGUGGUGCGCCGGGUUACUACAAGGACACUGAACUGCCUACGGAUGCCUAUGAUGAGCAAUCCAAGAACCAAUGGGCGUCGUUUGCUCAAACCGGCACGUUUGCAAAUGGUAUAAUGCCUGACUUGCCGCCGCCACGAGAAUGCACGCGGUGGGAUUUUUGA